AUGCAAAAGGCGGAGCGGUACCCUCCGAGACGUGCCCGUACUGAGAAGAGAGUAACUGAAAGAGUUGCCAAAGAAUCGAAAGCUGACACUGCUGCUCGUCAAAAAAGGCCGAAGCCGAAGCUUGAACCCUCAAAACCUGGAACGGAAAUGGAUCUGGGAUAUUUGCCGAGCCCUGUAUCUGGCAAACAAAGUGCCAUGUACGAAAGAUUAAAGACGAUACCCCCUCCUUUGAACGUCAACAAGUCUGCUCAGAAGCCCGUGGGGGAAUACCAGUCAACUGUUAAUAUUGGUGGCACAAAAAACAGACUUCCCGCUACGUCACAAACCACAGCAAUGCCAUUUGGAAUCAUUGGACCGUUUGCGGAUACAACCACGACAAAUCAUGGCACAUACCUCGGGACUGCACAAGCUCUUGAGUUAGCAAAAAUUGAGCCUGCGUCUGCUCAACUAAAGACCAAACUUCCUCGUCUAAUUCCAAUUACUGCUCAGUCAACCAUCAGGUUUCCCCAUCAGAACACACCUACCGUUGCACCAUCCAUGAAUGCCGACUCUAGAUCCACCGAAAUCGGAAGCUCGUCUACCACCCCACCCGUAAGUCUCUUUACGGCUUCCUUUACUACAUUCCACGACAUAGAGUUCUCAACCACGGCUCCCUUUAUCCGGGGAAUAUCACAGCCCUUUCCUUCUUCAGAGACUCUCGGCAGCUACCCCCAGUACCCUUACAGCAAAAACCUCAACCACCUCGCCGAUGGUUUCGCUGGUACGACACACCCAGGCUUCAAUCUUCAGACCGAGCACAUUAAGCGCUCUACACCAGGGGGUGACAUGGUAACCUACGCAACCAAGAAUACCCGUGAUGAUGAGGACCGUAUGAAUAGGAACCCGUACUUUCAUGAUGGAAUGAAGAGUAUGAGACCGGGGGAUAUGGAUUCAGUCUGGAAGGAAAAGCAAGAAGGGAUGAAGGCGAGGAAGAAGGCGAUUUCUAAGAGUAUGAUUUCGGCGCCUAUCGGGCUGGUGGUGAAGGAUGAGAGAAGGGUGGUCUCGGAGGUUAUCAUCCCGAAGGAUAGUCCUUCGAAGGGAAAGGUUUGGUCGAAGGUAUUGAAGAUGAUGGUUUGA